UAAACUGAAAACUUUGGGUAAGAGCACACAACCUAUCAUUUUCUCAAGAUUGGUGUCUUCUCAAGAUUCUAUUUCCUCAUUGGCUGGUUUCAUUGGUUCAUUAUUUCACGCGCAUUCGUAUUGUGACGUAAAUACUAUCAACCUAUCAGGAGGGGAAGAGGAGGCAGUAAUCUUACAGUGUCAGCGCGAGCGCAGGACUGAGAGGGGAGUCAUACCGUGAUUCAGAGUCACUGACUUCACUGAUGAAGUGGAGUUUGGUGAGGAAAUGACUCCAAAGAGCUGAGGACGCUGAUAGCGCGCGCGCAUGGGAGACAACCGUGAAAAGUUGACCCUGAUUCUCUGAGGUGGACAUUAUCAUCAUCAUCACCACCAUCAUCAUCAUCAUCAUAAUCAUCAUCAUCAUCAUCAUCACCACUGUUGUCAUUAUUAUUAUCUCCGAAAAUGAGGCGUCCUUCCGUUUUGCUCAUGUGCGUCUUCUUUAGCAUCAGCUGCGUUAAAGCAGUCCACAGCCAGGAGGACAAGGACAAGCGCUUUUUGUGCACAGUGAUCCCCGCUGAUAAAGACCCGAGCUGUCCCGUUCAGAGUGUUCAGGGUGAUGAAGGCUUGAAGAAGACAGUGCUGCAGCUCCGGGAGACUGUUCUCCAGCAGCAAGAGACAAUUACGCACCAACUGGGUGCCAUCAAAGAGCUCACAUCCAAACUGGCUCAGUGUGAGACCACCUCAGAAGACUCUUCAUCGUGGAGGAAUGCUAAAGACACGAUGGACGAUGUCCCGAGGGAUCCAAACGAAACUCUGGACGCGCUGGGUAAGACCAUGCAGAGCCUGAAGGACAGGCUUCAGAACCUGGAGCAACAGCAGAUGCGUGCCAGCCUCUCUGGAGCUCCAUUCCCCAGUGAGCUGCGAGACCUUCUGCAACGUAGGCUGGACGAUCUAGAGAGCCAGCUCCUGCGCAAAGUCAAUGAGUUGGAGGAAGAGAAGUCACAGCUGUACAAUGAGACAUCUGUUCAUCGGCAGCAAACAGAAAACACCCUUAACACCCUCAUUAACAGAAUCUCUGACCUGGAGCGAGCAGGUACAGGAUUCAAGUCCCCUGAGGAUUUUAAACUCUCCCUACCCCUGCGCACAAACUACCUUUUUGGCCGAGUGAAAAAGAGCCUGCCAGAAAUGUAUGCCUUUACCGUGUGCAUGUGGCUCAAGUCCAGUGCCAGCCCUGGCAUUGGGACCCCUUUUUCUUAUGGUGUCCCCGGGCAAGCAAACGAGAUUGUGCUGAUUGAAUGGGGCAACAAUCCAAUAGAGCUACUCAUCAAUGACAAGGUGGCACAGCUACCUCUGUCUCUGAAUGAUGGAAGAUGGCACCACGUCUGCAUUACCUGGACUACUAGAGAUGGUUUGUGGGAGACCUACCAGGACGGCCAGAAAUUGGGCUCAGGGGAGAACCUGGCCCCAUGGCACCCCAUCAAACCUGAUGGAGUCCUCAUUCUGGGCCAGGAACAGGACGUGGUCGGAGGUCGCUUUGAUGCCACGCAGGCCUUCGUCGGUGAGCUGAGUCACUUCAACAUCUGGGACCGUGUUCUCCGACAUGUAGACAUCAGCGCCAUGGCCAACUGCUCCUCCUACGUGCCUGGGAAUGUGGUGGCCUGGGCUGACAGCAACAUUGAGGUGUUUGGUGGUGCCUCUAAAGGGCCACUUGAGUUAUGUGAAGACAGGCUUUUUAACAAUUAAAGACUUACGUAAACUCAAACUGUGCCCAAAUCCUUCUCCUUGCGUUUUGUGAUUGUUUCAUUUUUAAACUCAUUUUUGUAUUUUAUGUUACAGGAUAUGUACGUGAACUUUGGUGGACUUAAUAUUAAAACAGUGUAUGUGGGUUCACUGAUUAUCAGUGUGGACUUUAGUAUGUUACUGGUUCACUAACAGACCUGUAUUAGGAAUAUCCUUUUGGUAUGGAUCUUGAGAAGAUAUUCAGGGAUGGGAAGAUUUAACUGUAAUGUAAUUUCAUUUGGUUUAUUUUAUUUAGGACUUAUUUUGUUAGAUUUUUAAUGAACUCAUAUGUCAUGAAUUGUAUUAUAUAGGUUAUUGUUCUGAGCCAGUGAAUGUAUUAUAGAGUGGAAACACUAUUUUAAAAAAAUAUCUUAUUUUAGCUUUCUGUCCAUUUUAUCCAGGCAACAAAAUAUUGUCAUAAAUCAGCACAGCCAAAUAAUUUACUCUAGUUGUAUACAUUUUUGUGACAUAUUUUGUACAGUAGUGCAUCCAAAAUGAAUGAUAAAAUGCAAACUUGUUUUUAAAGGGAAUCUUGUGCUUUGUGUUUAGGUUUGGCUCUGUAGUUUUGUGUUUAUACAAUGAUUAAUGAUUCUCUUGCAUGGUAUGAAAGGCCUUUGUUGUUAAAAUUUUGUGCCAAUGCUUUUAUUGCUGUUUACCAAUGAGAGAAUAAACG